GAGAGAGAGAAAGACUAAAUGGAUUAUCAAGAAGCAGUUCAACAGAAUCCCUUUCAUCCCAGAGCUGGCCAUCAGACAGCCCAGUCCUCCUCCACAGGGAAACGCAGGAUUAGUUGCUCAGCACCUGCAGUUUCUUCUGAUUCUAGUUUGGGAGUGGGACCACAAGAAUCUAGGAAUUUGGGGGUGUCAGAUCUUCUUCCAGUGCAAGGAUCGCACAAGGCCAAAGAUGUGACUUACAGGGUCACUGUCAAAAGUCACGUGGAAGAGAGCUAUGGCUUUUCUGUAUUCUGCAACUCAUGGAUAUUUCUGGACAUUUUAGACUCCAUUUUAAAAAAUUCGUCACCGUCAAUCUCCUUGAGGAGGAACAGCAAGUACAGUUUGUCGUUAUUGACUAUUUUUAUCAAUAUUUAACAGUCCAGAGGGACUGUCAAAGAUCAUGCAUAUGUUCAGAGCUUUGAGGACGAGUUGCAAAGUUUUGCGAAAUCCCGAUUUCACAUGAAAUUGAAUUAGAUGCGUUAAACCAUGUUGGAGGAUUUUUUAUGCAGUCCCAAGUUCUCAUGCUUCAUCUUUGGCCUUUUUCGGUUCUUUAUAAAACUCUUAAAAUUCAAGUCCUAACUUGGAUUUCACCCUUUGGUGAAUGGGAUGAGACACUAUGGUGCUCUGGGGCAAUGGAUGUAAACUCAGGGUUCUAUAAAAGAAUUUAUUGGCACCCCACAUGAAUUUUAAAAGGUAAGUGAGGCCAGGGGAUGUUUUAAAUGGUGUUAAUAACAGAGGAGCAAGGGAAGAAAUCAAAGGUUAAAGAGAAUGGAUUUCCUGGAGGAGUUGAGCUUGGCAAGACUCAUAGAAAAGCCAGCAGCUUGGCUGUGGAUGCACCCAUUAUGUCCAUUUGCAAGGUUGAUGAAAAUGGACUUGAUUGUUUGGUAUCAGGAGAAGACAUUAAUCCUGAGACUGAAGUUGAUUACACACGAAACUACUGGGAGGAUGAGGACGAUAUCUAUCAGGAGUUUGAGGAACUGGACUUCGAUGCCCUACCGGAUCGCUUGGAUACCCAGAGCAUCACCUCAGAUGACUCAUUCUAUCCCCCAGAUGAUUCAGUAAUCUCCCAAAUUAACCGCUCCCUCUACCGCCCUGAAAGCCCCGAACCCAUCUCCUUUUUUAAGGCCUGCUGCAACAACAAUGCCAUCAUAGUAAAGAUUAUGAUAAGACAAGGAGUUACUGAGGAAGAGGUAAAAGAGACGGACCGGAACAGAAGAUCUGGCCUCAUUGCAGCGUGUUAUCAUGGCUAUGUGGACGUUGUCAUUGCUCUCUCUCAGUGCCCUUACCUGGAUGUGAACUGGCAGGACAACGAGGGUAACACCGCACUAAUUAUUGCAGCUCAAGCAGGUCAUGCAUUUAUCUCCAACUAUCUGUUGAACUACUUUCCGGGUUUUGAUAUCGAGAGGAGGAACUGUCAUGGUUUCACAGCCCUGAUGAAGGCUGCAAUGCAGGGCAGGCUUGAGUGUGUCAGAGCCCUCAUGUUGGCAGGAAGUGAUAUCCAAGCUCGGGACUAUGGACGACAAAUGACCCCCAGGGAGUGGGCUCUCUUCACUGGUCGAUACGAGACGGCUGACCUGAUGCUUCGGCUUAUAUCAAAGCCCUGUGCUGAACAGUUUUGUGACUCCUUCUCCCUGGAGUGGCCAUUGUUGGAGGAACUCGUGUUGAAGGCACAGAACCCACAGACAUUUUGUCAGCGCUUGAUGAAACUCGUGUCUUGCUGCCCUUACAGGUUAUUUGUCAACAACAAGGUAAACCCUGUGAAUGAUGGGGUUCUUGAACACAUGGUGAGGAUUACCACAGCCAUUUCUAGUCCCUUCAUGGCCACAGCGUGCCACACCGUGUGCCCAAGUAGCCCACCGUGCAUUGGAAAACGCCGACAAGCUGUGCAGGAGAUCCUGAGGAGGCAAAGGGUAGCAGAACUUAAACGCCUGGGUCCCGACAGGCUGAGCAACUAUAAAAAGCUUUUCCAGAACUCAAGGGUCCAACUCAUUCCCAAAGUGAGGGAUCGACGGGCAAGCCUGCAGCCUCAAAUUAUCAGUGACAUGGCAGCAGUGUCCACGGUGGCCAUUAGAAGAGCCAGUCUCCUGCCACUCAACAUGCUGAGACGAAGGAGCGUGAGGCCAGGCAUUGUCGUGCCAAAGGUCAGGCUCUGCAAGGCUCCACCUCCAACCUUCACGCCAGAAAACCCAGGCAGAAGCAGCAACGAAAACCAGCUUAAGAUCCCCAAAUGGGAUUACAAGAUGAAGAAAAUAGAGAAGAGACAAGAAGAGGAGAGGCGGCGAAUGCUAUCUCUGCUUAGAAGAAGGUGAAGGGCAGAAGGAAGUGUCUACACUUUAUAACUUUUUGCAAUUUCCAACAAGAGCUUGUGUCUUGUGGACACAAAGCACACAGUUGCAGCCUUAGUAAAUCUAAACCUUUAAUGUGAAUAACACUAAAAAGUUUGUUCAUACCUGUUUAGAUUGUGGAUGCAGAGACCUGUACCACAAAGCCAGCUCAAUGCAGCAGGAUUGCUCCCAGGCUAUCCAAUUUAACCAAUCCACAACAAUGGCCAUCAGGAUCAGUGGUACCACGACGCUGGUGAUCAACUUGCUAACUCAUUCCAGCUUUGACUGAACAAAAUUCUGAACGUGCAUUGUAAAAAUGGGCGGGUUCAAGGGAGCAGGCCAAUCAAAACCAUGAGCCAACUGCGAAAAUGCGCAAGUUACACUUUUUCUACUUAAAUUAAACUUUGCAGCAUUUUAGUGUUUCUUUUUUUUUUUUUUACCUGGUUAUUAAUAAUCAUAAUCAAUAAUCAUAAUCAUAAUAUUAACUGAAUUUUAUUAAUCUCACAGUGGAGAAAUUUACCUCUGCAUUUGACCCAUCCCCUUGGGGAGCAGUUGGCUGCCAUCGUGUGGCGUCC